AUGGAGAUCGCUCGCUCGAAGUCAGGUAUUCACCUCUGCAAGCGCAAAUAUGCUUUGGACAUUGUUGAAGACUUUGGUUACUUAGACUGCAAACCAGCAAGCACUCCCAUGGACUAUUCCACCAAAUUAUCCUCUGAAAGUGGGACUCUUCUUUCUGAUUUCGCUAAUUAUCGACAAUUGGUUGGUCGUUUAAUGUAUUUAGCUAACCCCCGCCCUGAUAUUUCUUAUGUCAUGGGUUGUCUGAGUCAGUUUGUAGAUUGCCCCACAAUAGCUCAUCUUGAAGUAGCCUUUAGGGUCUUGAGAUAUCUCAAAGGCUGUCCCACCCUUGGUCUCUUUUUUCCUUGUGACUCAGAUUUUAAGGUUUCUGGAUUUUCCGACCCCGACUGGACAGCUUGUAUCGACACUCGACACUCUGUUACAGGAUAUUGUUUCUACCUGGGCAAUGCUCUCAUUAGUUGGAAAAGCAAGAAACAAACCAUUGUCUCUCGUUCGUCUUCUAAAGCCGAAUAUCGCGCUUUGGCCAAUGCCACUUGUGACGCACAAUGGCUCUCCUUCAUCUUCUAG